AUGAGGAAGUCGACCUCAUUGUGGACGGUCGUCUACUACGCAUGGUUCGGGAGCGUGCGGCGGAGCAAGCACUUGCGAGCGGCGGAGCAAGCACCUGCGAGCGGCCAGCAAGGAGGAACUGGUGAAGGAGGAGCUGUGCACGAAGCUCCAACUGCCGUGGGCAUUGGCGGAGGAGCUGUUGCACCGACCAUUGACGUGGGAUUGAUCGGGACAAGCUACGGUCAAUUCAAGUUCGGAGUUGAACACAUCUCCGUGACGCCGCUGCUGGAGGGAAGGCACGACCUUACCGCGAAAGGAGAUGAUGAGACGGCGGAAUCGUACUGCAAUAGGGCCUGCACCAUCCGAGCGGAGCUGCUGACCAUGGGACAGGAGGUCCACAUGGCCACGUUUGCCGCUCACGUGCUGAAGGGCCUACCACCAGAGUACGGGUUCCUUCGCCGCAAGCUCGACAUCUCCAGCCCUGACAUGACGGUGGAACGUGUGUGCAGUGAGGUGUUGAUGGAGGAGCAGACUCUCUCCAUCGAACACAGUUACAAGCAGAUCACCGGCGAUGCAUCUGCUUUCUCGGGCGCUGUCAACACGGUCGUGGCUACAACGGGGGUCAACAACGGGAAGGAAGGAAAAGGGGGGAAGGAGCAGACGGACAAGAAGAAGGAUGGCAAGCGGGAGAAGAAGCGAGCCCCCUUCAAGGGGCGCUGCUACAACUGCAAUGAGGAGGGGCACAUGGCUGCCAAGUGCCCCAACAAGAAGAAAGAUACAACGCCCGCGGCAGCCGCGAACGUAGCUGAAGGAGACGGGAAGGGCGUGGCACUCACCGUCGCGUGUUCGGCUGCAAAGUUGCUGGCCGACGACAAGGACUUGUGGUUCCUUGACUCGGGAUGCUCCCAACACAUGACCGGCCGCAAGGAGUGGUUCACGGUGAUCCGUGACCCAUCUACAACGAAAUCAGUCAAAGGGUUUGAUGGUUCUAUGCAGGAAGUUGCCGGUGUUGGUGAGGUUUUGCUGGAGGGCACUAACGGCUUGCGUGUGACCCUACAUGAUGUCCUCUUUGUGCCAGGAAUGAAGGCCAACCUGGUCUCCCCUGGGCAGCUCUUGGACAAGGGAGCAAAGCUGCAAACCGAGGAAGGUGUCACUCGCAUCAUCGCAUCAGGAGGUCAAGUGGCUGCAACGGCACGAUACCGCCAUCGCCUUCACUGCCUUGACCUGAAACCGGGGCCAGCAAGGAAUGGUGCAACGGCUGCAGCAGCAUGCAACGGCACGGCGGCUGCAGCGGCAUGCACCGUUAUGGCGGGUGGAGCGGCGAGCAAUGGCACAGGGGCUGGAGCGGCAUGCAACGGCACGGCGGCUGCAACGGCAAGCAACGGCAUGGCGAAGGAGAUUGCUGAUGUGGCGUCAAGCAAGCCGGAAGCUAACGAUGGAGCGGCCAGCCUCAAGACUUACGCGGUGGGCUCCAAGGCAACGCCCAACCUGUGGCACGCUCGCCUUGGACACGUCCACUUCGAUGCGGUGAAGCGGACAGCCACGAGCGGUGGCGUGUUCGGUAUGGACCUGGAGAAAGGAGGUGAGGAUAUGCCGUGCACCUCCUGCCAUGAAGCCAAACUCACUCGCGAAUCAUUUCCGCUGCACGACGAGCGAGAGGAGCAAGUUCUUGGGCUGGCGGGUGAUGGGAAUGACCAGCCCACACCACCCUUUGCUUCAGUCCCAUCUCUCUUUCCUGAGCCCCACGACCCCGAGAAGAAUCUGCCGCCACCACGUACCGUCAUCAUGGUCCCGGUGCCGUCUGUGCAAGGGGGUGAGCAACCCCUUGAUCGCUCGGUGGGCCCUUUGGGCAGCAAGGCACCUACUGCACCUCCUCCUUUCGGUCCACCCUCCGUUGCUGAUUCGGCGCCCGUGGGACCAGAAGAUGGUCCCCUUGAGGAUGGAGGCAACACGGCUGAUCUUGAGGAGGAACUAGAGGUAGCAGUGGAUGAGCAGCUGCCGGUGGCCCUUGAGCAUGAGCCUUCACUUGCAGCUCCUCCCAUCCAGCCCAUUCCACAACCCCUACGUCGCUCCGGCAGGCCUAAUAAGGGGGUGCCACCCGUACGGUUUCAGCCAUCAGCCCUGACGGCCCAUGAUGUGGACGAGGAGGAGAACCCGUACGACAUGGCGUACCUUGCUGAGGACGACUGCGACACGGACAGCGAUGACGAAGUGGAGUACCCGGACGAGGAUGAGGAGGAGGAAGGCGCUUGGGGAGGUGUCAUCCUCGACCUGGCAGCUGCGUUGACCGGACCUGAAGGCAAGGAAUGGACACUCCUCCUGCACCAGACUGCAUACGUGGCGAAGGUGCAGCAGCGGUUCUUCAAGGGGGCGCCACCAAAGAAGCAGCCGAUCACGCCUCUCUCCUCAGCCAGCUUUACCAAGCAGGAUGCCGCCUUGCAGCAGGUGCACACCUAA